AUGACAUUCAUAAUCCGCGAUCCCAAAACCCACCGUAUUAUCAGUCUCAAGGAAGGUGCACCGAUAAUGGUACAUCUGGACAUCUUUCACUAUCAAUAUAAUGUUGCGAGCCACUGGCAUUGUGUUGAGAACGAGAAGAUGUGGCUUGGCUUUUACAACGACGUUUCAGGCACGUACCUCGGGCAUGACAGCAAUGGUGGAAUUAGAGCAAGGACGACAGAGCAUAACGCGUGGGAGUGGUUUUGUCCACGACAACAUCCAGAUGGUGGUCAGCUACUAUUGGUAAAGGAUGGUAAUGGUUUCUCGCCGAUGAAGAUUGGGGGAAAGGAAAAUAUGGAGUUGGUGGUUGAUAUUCAGAGACGGGAAGGGACCAUGUGGGAGUUCAUUAGAAUUGACACUGGAUCUUGA